UCAACCGGCUACGUAUAUCAAUAAAAAAAUGGAACCGUCGAAUUGUGAUAGUUUAUCAUAUCACCGUGAUAUCUUAUCACUAUCAAAUGAUAUCACUGACACACUCCAGCUGGCAGAAGAGUGAGGUGCACGUUCGUUGCUUUUGUUUUAUUUUAGGUUUCUGUGAUAAGUGUUGGUGAUAAGGAUUGAAGGCUUAAGAAAUAGGUGUUUAAGAGGUGGAAAAGGAAAAGAAGAUUCAUGUCAAGAUAACUAAAUAACCCAAAAUGUUGGUAGCUUCGUUGAACACGUUGACCCCGCGCAUGCGGUUCAACUUCUCCAAGCCAAGGAUCGACAACAUCGUCUUCAAACUGCACUACAAGGCUACGGUGACCUUACUCCUGGCCUGCGUCAUCCUGGUCUGCGCCAGGGAAUACUUCGGAGAGCACAUCAAAUGUAUUUCUGACCAGGGAGUCCCUGAUCAUGUUAUACAGACUUACUGCUUCUUUAUGGCUACUUUUACUAUAGUUCGACACUACAAUGAGAGUCUUCUAGAAACAGGGUUCCUACCCCACCCUGGCGUGGGACCUGCGCUGUCGACAGAUCAAACUUUGCACCACACGUAUUAUCAGUGGGUACCUUUCGUACUGUUCAUACAGUCUGUGUGCUUCUACAUGCCACAUUAUGUAUGGAAGAAGAAGGAAGGUGGUAGAAUUAAGGCACUCAUCGAUGGCUUGCAAUUUGCCGGUUUGGCGUUAGCUGAAGAAGACAUGAAAGUAGGAGCUAAUACGGUGCCAUCAAAAUCAACUUUAGAUAGCCGAAUUGAUAUCAUUAAGAAAGAUAUCAUACUCAGGUUACGAAUCACAAGGACCUGGUCAACGUGGCUGGUUCUGAUGGAGAUAGCGAACCUCGUACAUCUAAUGUUCCAGAUAUGGAUGAUAGAUAUAUUCCUCAAUGGUGCUUUCAUGGACCUGGGGCCGAAUGUGCUCGAAUUUAAAAAGUGGCAGUAUAUUGCUGAUCCUCUUGAGAGAAUAUUUCCUAAGGUCACAAAGUGCACCUUCCACAAAUUCGGUCCGAGUGGUUCCAUCCAGCAGCACGACGCUCUCUGCGUGAUGGCUCUCAACAUCAUCAACGAGAAGAUCUACGUCGUGCUGUGGUUCUGGUUCCUGUUCCUCUUCAUCUUAUCCGUUCUUGCUGUUGUUUGGAGAUUCCUGUCAUUCUUCAUGUACCGUCGCUCACUGAAAUUCAAUGAGCUCAUGUUCCGACAUGCAUCGCAUAGGAAGUUUAGUCCUUACAAUGUGAUUCAAGUCGUCAACGGAUGUCAGUUUGGUGACUGGCUCUUCCUUUACUAUCUCGCGAAAAACAUGAAGGGAAUCGUGUUUCAGCAACUAUUCGAACAUCUUGCUGAAGAGUUACAAAAGCGAGAAGUGCCGUACGGUGAGAAAGAUAACGAUGAGAAAGGUGCCGAGCCGAUACUAUUGGGAAAAAUCGACUACGAUGACGAAACACUACCACUGAAAGGAUCAAAGGACGAUCUUGCCAAAGAUAAGUUUUCAUGAAGUACAAGGAAAUAGUUAUUUGUUAAGAUAGGCUGCAAAAGGAUUGUUAAGCUCGCGUAUUGAAUACCGGAGCAGCGAAGGAUUCUAAGGCCAGUAUUAAUAGACCUUCCU